CAUUCUCACAAGGCUAAUUCAUCGUCUCAAAACAUAAAGCUAGUCUUUCAGUGUCUAUUGCAAACAAGCACUUGUCUAUCCAAGUGUUCUUUGUUAUUUGUAAUCACACAGUUGGAUCUUUAUUUUUUAUUGUUCAAAGUCUGAUCGAUAUGGCUGAGGAACACCACAACAAGAGCCAGGAGCACGAGGCCAAGGUUGGUGAUGAAGGUGCUGUUGAAACCAAGGAUCGAGGGUUGUUUGAUUUCUUGGGGAAGAAAGAAGAGGAGAAGAAGCCACAAGAGGAGGUGAUCGCGACUGAGUUUGAGAAAGUUCGAGUGUCUGACGUUGAGCCUCAUGUGGUUAAAGAGGAACACAAGGACGAGGAAAAGAAACACGGUUUGCUGGAGAAACUCCAUAGAUCAGGCAGCAGUUCUAGUUCUUCGAGUGAUGAGGAGGAAGGCGAAGGAGAAGAGAAAAAGAAGAAGGACAAAAAGGGUCUGAAAGAGAAGAUCGAGGAGAAGAUUUCGGGAGAAAAGGAGCACGAGGACACGACCGUUCCGGUGGAGAAGCACGAAGAAGCACAUGUUGUCACAGAGGCAGGACACCCUGAAGACAAGAAAGGUUUCCUCGACAAGAUUAAGGGAAAAUUACCUGGGCAACAUAAGAAGGCUGAAGAGGUACCACCUCCUCCUCCUCCGCCGUCCGCUGAGUACGCAGCCACUGAGGCAGCGUCUCAUGAAGGUGAGGCUAAAGAGAAGAAAGGCUUCUUGGACAAGAUCAAGGAAAAGCUUCCUGGAUAUCACCCUAAGACUGAGGAAGAAAAGGAAAAAGAGAAGGAAAGUGCUUCUGCCAUCCCUUAAUUAUUAAUUCCAUUAAUUAAGGGAUGGCCUUGCAUCUCUAUUUUAAUCAAUGAGUGAUAGUGUGGUUUGUUUAUUUUUUCUCUUCAUGAUUGGCCUAUUGGUUUUCUCUCUUUUUUUUUUUUUUUUUUGGGUUUUUCCUUCCUUUUUUUGUUAAAAAAGAAAAAGAAAAAGAAAAAGCACUUUAUGUAUAAGCUCUUUUAAUGUACUUAGUUUGUUUAAUAUUUAAAUUCAUGUUUACAAAAAGAAAAGGAUUUUUAAUUGA